UGUAUGCGGAGUCGGCUGAUUAGAUUUAUGAAAUUUCCAAGGCCCCUUUAGAUCCCUAGCCGUCAAGUAGUCCCAGAUAGAAUUCACUUCACCUUGAUCUCCCGUCUCUCAUUGAUACAUCCAUCUACAAGUAUCUGUUGUUGCUGGAGUAGUGUAGAGCAAGUCAGAGUCAGCUCAGUUGUUCAGUGUUGUAUAUAAUAAGAUUGACAAUUAAACGGAUGUAUUAUUCAAAUUUAAGGCUUUUAAAUGAUAUCAAGAAUAUUCCGUGGAGAAAAUGAAAAUGCUGCUGUCAAAAGAAAACGUCAGAUAGACACAUUGAAAAUUUUUAAUGAUAAUGUAGUUGAAUUGAGGGAAGAUGCUGAUUAUCAGGUACAGUUCGAUGCUGGAGAAGCACGUAUGGCUAUUAUGGUAUCACUACCACCGGAAUUUCCAUUGGAAAAACCAAUACUCAGAGUUUCACCACCAAUAACACAUCCUUGGUGUAAUGAACACAGUGAAAUUACAAGUGCUCCAGGGUUAUUAAAUUUUACGAUACACAGCGAUCUUGGUCGUGUUGUUCAAGCAAUUAUCAGAGAAUUUAGCAAAAAUCCACCUCAAUUAAUUGAUGAUGCUUCUCUGACCAAUCAAUCAAGAGAAUUACAAGAACGUAUUUCACCUCUGUACGGUGCUCAACGUUAUCCUGAAUUACAAUCGACAUUAUAUAACACAUAUUACAACUCACAGUAUCCGGCAUACUCAACUUCCAGCGGCAGUAAUUACAAAUACAACUAUGUCAACUCUUGCAUAUCAAAUCAAGAUCAAUUUACAUCGUCUCUACACCGUCCAACGUACACUUCAACUGGUAGUCCUGGCAACUCCAAUUCGAUCGGGACUGCCAGUCCUGUUCAGUACUCCAGUGAUCACCGGCCAGUUAGUUACAUAAAUUCUCACAAUUAUAAUGCCACGAGUUAUAAUAAACCUAUGACAGUAAAUCCCUCAUCUCAUACGGUGGUAUCAAGUCCCGAAUUUCCAGAGCUUAAUAAUUUAACAAACGAGCAGCUUGUAAAGCUUGCUGAAGAAACAGAUAGUCUUGAUGCUUUUUUAAGUCAACAUUCCCAGCUUAAGGAUAUUAAUUUAUUGAUUGAUCAGACUAUUGAUAACGUUGAAAGAUUAGCAAAUGAUAAUUUAUCCAAAGAGACUGAAUUAAAAACAUUAAAAGAAGAAGUAGCAUCGAAAAUCCAAAGUGUAUCGGAACUUAAAGCACAUUAUGAUAAUUUAAUUAGUCAAUAUAGUAAAUUAUCGCAAGUAUUUGCGCCAGAUCAUAUACGCGAGUGUCUAAAAAAGGCUGCUGAUGAAAGUCAUGAGCAAAGUGAAUUAAUUGCUGAAAAUUUUCUCGAGCGUAAAAUAGACGUUGAACGUUUUUUGAGCAGCUACAUUGAGUGCCGUAAAUUAGGGCAAGCACGUCGUACUAAGGAGGAAAAAUUGGCACAUCAGUUGAAUGAACUAAAACGAGCUGAAACAGGACAAAUGAAGUACCGGUUAAUUGUAUCUAUUUUUCUGCUUGUGAUGAUGCUCGAGGGGAUGGUGGAGGCCGCUAAGGGUGGGAUUGGCAGAGCAGGAGUACGCGGUAGAGGCAGAGGACGGAUAUACAGUGCGAGGAUGCCGGUUAUUAUUCCCGGUCGCAAUACCAAUAGUGGUUACUAUGAGAAUAAAGAUGGGGCAAGGAUCAUCAAGUCUUCACACUUUGAAUUGGAUUAUAUGCUGGGAAGAAAGAUUACUUUUUUCUGCAUGGCGCGUGGAUUUCCAAGACCAGAAAUAACUUGGUACAAAGACGAUAUUGAACUUUAUCAUCACAAAUUCUUUCAAGUCCACGAGUGGGCUGUAGGAAACGAUACUAUUAAGUCUAAAAUGGAAAUAGAUCCAGCAACUCAGAAAGAUGCUGGCUAUUAUUCGUGCCAAGCUGACAACCAAUAUGCCGUUGAUCGUCGGGGUUUUCGAACCGAUUACGUUAUGAUCUCUUACUAGUAUAUUGUUAUUAUUUGUAAUAAAUAAAAUAUGAAAAUAUACACGAAUUAUUAUACUAAAAAAUAUUGCGUUAAAAAAUAAUUUUUAAGUAAUUAUAAUAAGUAAUUUAAAUAGGCAGCCUAUUUUUGGUGUAUGGAUAUUUAAAAAUCAGCAAUUUUGCACUUUAUGCCUGUCUGUAAACGAGAUCUCCCCUAGUUUUAUUUGAUUGCUCAAAUAAUUAUGAAAAAUGAUUCAAAUUAUCUGUAAUAAUAUCAUCAUGUUAUGAUGUAUGUACUAUUAUGUUAUAUAUUAUCCUCUGAAAUAAAUAAAAUAAAAUAUAAUUAA